AGCAUAAUCAUGGCCAGCCUGUCCGAUGUGCUGGACAGCAUCUUUCUCCGGAUUGCGUCGGAGAAUGAGGAUGUACGCAAUCAAGCAGGCGAGGAGUUAGCCGCUGUGGCCUCCUCGUGGUCUCAGGACUAUCCCGUUCACGAUGGGGGCAAGAACUUUUGGAGUGCCGUCUACCCGCGAGCGUUUGAGCUCACCAGGAGCAAUAACUAUCAUGAGCGAUUGGGAUCUUGCGUGGCCAUCAAUAGCCUACUAGAGGCAGUGAACGAGGACGUACCCGAACGAGCGCGGCAAAAGGAUAUGCGGCUAUACGAAUAUCUGCGGCCCCUUUUCACAUGCGGGGACACCGCUGUCAUGGUAGCCGCCGCUCAUGUAGCCGGAAACAUGGUCCGCAUCGCUGGUGUCACAUUGGGGGAAUCGUUCUUUGUGAAAGAGGUCCCACAAGCCCUCCAACAGCUAGAAGGUGGGUCGUCCGUCGAGUAUGUCAAUCGCUUCUCUGGUGUGCUACUUCUGCAUCAAUUUGCCAUCAACGCUCCUGGCCUGUUUCAAUCGGAUGUCCCGCGAGUGUUGGACAAGAUCUGGACACCUCUCCGAGAUUCUCGUACCAUGGUACGAGAACGAGCUUCAAUGCUGAUGUCCGCUUGUUUAGAGAAUAUCAAAGCUCGCGAGAAGAGUCAUUCUGAAAUUUACCGAAAGAUAUUUGAAGAGGCCAGAAUAGGUCUAGCCCGAGGCAGCUCGACCGAAGCGAUCCUCGGUUCUCUUCACGCCUUCAGCGCAAUGCUUCAGAAUCAGUCAAUAUCGACAGCAGAUCAUUAUCGUCAUAUCUGUGACCUGGCUCUUAACUAUCGGGAUAGCAAGGAGAUCGAAGUCCGAAAACAGGUCAUCACGUUGAUUCCUCGCAUGGCAACUUACGACAGCGAUGAGUUCCAAGUAACGUAUCUUCAUCGGAGCAUGGCAUACCUCUUCCAAGCUCUACAGAAACCGACCGACAGAGAUAUCGCGUACGUGGCGCUGGGACACCUGGCGAUGCAGCUCUCAUCCAAGAUGAAGACCUUUAUUGACGACAUAAUCAAGAUCAUCAAAGACCAUUUACGCAUGCGAGGCAAGAAGGGGGCACCUUCAGAAGCUCCCAUCUUCCAAUGUCUGGCGAUGUUGACCAUAGCCCUCGGCCCCAUGCUCACACGCCAAAUGCAUGAUGUGUUAGAUCUCAUGUUCACCUUUGGUCUCAGCGAUGCGCUUUUCAAUGCUCUGGACGUUAUCGCCAAGCAUAUUCCGCCACUUCUCCGAACAGUGCAGGAACGAUUGCUGGAUAUGCUCUCCAUGAUUUUGAUAGGGGAGCCUUUCCGACCUCUGGGUGCCCCUGUUGCUCGCAGUCAUUCUAGCACGACUCGCGACCUCAAUCUCAACAUUUUGCAGGUCACGAGUGGGCAGUCACCCGAGACACUUGCUCUCGCUCUCAAAGUCCUUGGCAGCUUUGACUUCUCCGGCAACGGUCUGAACGAGUUCGUCCGCGAGGCAGCGUUGCCAUAUCUGGAGCAUGACAGUUCGGAAGUGCGGAAACAAGCGAUUCUCGCCUCCACGCAAUUGUUUAUCAAUGACACGAUCUGCCUGCUCACAAGCAACCAUGCCAUCGAUGUCGUGAGCGACGUACUGGAGAAGUUGCUCACUGUUGGUAUCACAGAUCCCAUCUCAGAUCCUCUCAUACGAAGGACGGUUCUGGAAAACCUGGAUGAGAAGUUCGACCGUCAUCUCGCUCAAGCUGAAGAUAUCCGUUGUCUCUUCAUUGCUCUUAACGACGAGGUCUUCCAAAAUCGAGAGCUAGCCAUCGGCAUCAUCGGUCGGCUUGCACGGCAUAAUCCUGCCUACGUUAUGCCGCCUCUGCGCCGAUCCCUCAUAAACCUUAUCACCGAGCUGGAGUACGCGACGAAUACGAGACAAAUGGAGGAAAGCGCCAAACUCCUCUGCCUGCUAAUCAGGGCCGCGGCCUCUCUCGUUCAGUCAUACGCCCCGACCAUACUCAGUGUUCUGCUCCGGACCGCCAGCUCUUCAGAGACCUCAGUCACGGUGGCCGCCCACUGUGUGACGUGUAUCGGAGAACUGGCGCUAGUGGCAGGAGAAGAAAUGACACCAAAAGUGCAAGACGUCUUGAUUUUGAUCAUCGACAUGCUCAACGAUCAAUCGUCAAGCUUGAAACGAGACGCAGCAUUGAAGACUUUAGGGCAGAUUGUGUCCAACACCGGAGAAGUGAUUCGACCGUAUCUCGAUCAUCCUCAAUUGCUGGGUAUACUCUUCAGGUUUCUCCGUACAGAGACCUCGCAGGACAUCAGAUUGGAAACCAUCAGGACCAUGGGAAUGUUGGGUGCACUGGACCCAUUCAAGCACAAGCUGCUGCAGGGUGGGGUGGAUGACCCCAACGCGGAAACCUCCGGUCCCAGAGCGACAGAUAUAACUCUCCUCAUGAACCUACAAACUCCAUCCAAUGAUGAGUACUACCAAACUGUCGUAGUCAAUUCGCUCGUCCACGUGAUGAGUGACCCCUCACUCAAAGAUCACCAUCACGAAGCAGUCAACGCGGUGUUAUACAUCUAUAAUACCCAGCGAUUACGAUGUGUCAAUUUUCUGCCUCAAAUCUUGCCAGCGUUCCUCAAUGUCAUUCGAAUCGCCUCCCCUCAUAGGCAAGAGUUAUACAUCUCCAACCUCGCCAAACUUAUUUCUAUCGUCAAGCAACACAUCCGCAAUCAUCUAAACGAAGUUUUCGCCCUCGUAUACGAGUUCUGGAACCCCAACUCUUCCCUGCAGGUCACAAUUAUACUACUGGUUGAGGCAGUUGCUCGGGCUGUUGAAGGAGAGUUUAAAUCAUAUCUGCCGAGGUUACUACAACAAAUUCUUCGCUCGUUCGAUGGUGGUCUUACGACCAAGCAGCUCCCCGAACGACGACUCAAUACGCUACUGCACAUUUUACGUGCUUUCUACGUGUUUGGCUCGAGUAUCGAGGAUUAUCUCCAUCUGGUACUUCCGGUCAUUGUGCGGAGUUUUGAAAACCCCUUGGCACCUGAACAGCUCCGCAAAGCUGCGUUGAAGACGACUGGUCAGCUUUGCCGAAAGGUCAACUUUUCAGAUCACGCCUCGCAAAUAAUCCACCCCCUGGUUCGGACCUUGGAAAAUAGCGACGGUGAACUCCGGAGUAUAGCCAUGGACACACUUUGUGUUCUCGUCCUUCAAUUCGGUCCUGACUAUGCCAUCUUCAUCCCUCUUGUCAACAAGGUCCUCUUGGAACAUCGCAUUCAGCACGCUCCGUAUGAACAGCUCAUCACUAAACUCUUGAACCGCGAGCGAUUACCUCCCGACCUCGGACCAGUGGAGCGAUUCGCGAAUGAUCCCGUGCAAGAGGCGCCUGUAUCGGCAGAACAGGCGAAACUGCCAGUAAAUCAACAGCAACUGAAGACUGCCUGGGACUGCAGUAUGGUCGGCACCAGAGCCGAAUGGCUUGAAUGGCUACGUCGACUAGGCAGUGAACUCAUGGGACAAGCACCUUCCCAAGCUAUACGAGCAUCACGCGACCUCGCCAUGAUAUAUCCACCAUUUGCGAGGGAGCUGUUCAAUGUGGCUUUUGUAUCCUGUUGGACCGAGUUAUUUGACUCUUAUCAAGAAGAUUUAGUGCAUAAUCUCGAGGUUGCGCUCACCAACCCAGGUGUUCCAUCCGAUGUGGUCAAUACGAUCCUCAACCUUGCCGAGUUUAUGGAGCAUGAUGAUAAAGCUUUGGCGAUCGAGUCGCGAGUCUUGGGUGACUACGCUGUCGUCUUCCAUGCCUACGCAAAGGCGCUACACUACAAGGAGAUGGAGUUUUUCGUCGAUGCCGCCUCCGUUUCUGUCAUGGAGGAUUUGAUCAGUAUCAAUCAGAAACUGCAACAAUCCGACGCCGCAUGGGGUACGCUCGAAUACGCUCAAACGAACAUGGAAAUGACUUCUGAUGUACUCUGGUACGAAAAACUUGGGAGAUGGGAAGAAGCACUUCAAGUCUGGAAUGAGCGUGAAGAGGAUCCCAAUUCGGACUUUGACGAAUCGGCCAUUGCGAUGGGCAAGUUGCAGUGCUUGCAUGCCCUCGGCGAGUGGGAAGAUCUUAGCGAGUUCGUUCGGGUCAGGUGGUCUAAUUCCACUCAGGAGGAGAAGAAGCUCAUGGCUCCAUUGGCGGCAGCGGCGAGUUGGUCGCUCUACCAGUGGGAUUUGAUGGAUGACUACAUUGGCGCGAUGAAGAAUGAUUCGGCAGAUAGGAACUUCUUCAAGGCCAUCAUUGCUGUACAUAGGAAUCAGUUUUCCAGUGCCCUACGACACAUCACCAAAGCUCGCGAGAGAUUGGAUGGAGAGUUGACAUCACUCACAGGCGAAAGCUACGGAAGAGCGUACGACGUUGUCGUCAGAGUACAGAUGUUGUCCGAGUUGGAAGAAAUCAUCUCUUACAAGGACCAUGCGGAUCAACCUGACCGACAGGCGACCCAAAGAAGAACGUGGCAGAAGAGAUUGGAAGGGUGUCAACGAGAUGUUGAGGUUUGGCAGAGAAUUCUACAAGUUCGAUCCCUCGUUCUCACCCCGAACGAGGAUAUGGAAACUUGGAUCAACUUUGCGGAUCUGUGUCGGACUUCUGACAGGCUGAAUCUGGCGGAGAAGACCCUCACAUCACUCGUCGGAGCCUCUGUUAGCGCGGCAGACCCCGAGUCGAGGGCGAGAGCGCCGCCUCCUGUUAUCUUCGCUUGGUUCCGACUGAUAUGGGCCAAAGGCCUGCGUGAGAGUGAUCGCGAUGAACGCGUGGCCACCAUGCAGUAUCUGCGCGACUUCACGACUCAAUUGACGGAAGAUAUUGGGAUCAAGCAAGAGUCGAACGGACAACUGCAACUUCCCGAUGCGAAGAGUUAUGGGGAGUACAUCAAGUUGUUGGCUAGAUGUCAUGUGGAACUCGGUCAAUGGCAGACGGCUCUGAAGGAUAAUGCACUAGCGAUGUCACCCGAGGGCAUCAUUGGUGAUUACGCAAUGUCGACGAAGCUUGACCCGGAAUGGUAUCAGGCCUGGCAUACAUAUGCCUUGGCUAACUUCGAAGUUAUCACUCAGCUCGAAAUCUCUUCUCAAGGUCUAGAAGGCCACCAUUUCCUGCAAUACAUCAUCCCUGCUGUCGAUGGCUUCUUACGCUCUAUAGCGCUCUCGCCUGGAGAUGCUCUACAAGACACUUUGCGACUACUCACCUUGUGGUUCAACUACGGCUAUGAAGCCGGCGUCAAUCAAGCCAUCUCUCAAGGUCUUCACACUGUCAACAUCGACGUCUGGCUCGAGGUUAUUCCCCAGAUAAUCGCUCGUAUACACACACCCCGAGCUACCAUCCAGGGUCUCAUCGUUCGUUUACUACAUGACAUCGGUCGAGCCCACCCGCAAGCCCUCAUAUAUCCGCUCACUGUGGCCAGUAAAUCCAAUGUUGCCGCUCGAAAAGCCGUCGCGAAAAGUAUCACCGCCAAAAUGCGCGAACAUGCAGGAACUAUAGUCGAUCAAGCCGAACUUAUAUCGACUGAACUCAUCAGAGCCGCCAUUCUAUGGCAUGAGAUCUGGUACGAUGGUUUGGAAGAAGCUUCGAAGCAUUACUUCGCCGAUGGUAAUAUUCAAGGAAUGUUCGACGUUUUGACGCCUCUUCAUGAGAUGGUCGAAAAGGGGCCAGAAACCUUGAGGGAGACUUCGUUUGUUCAAAGCUUUGGACACGACCUUCACACCGCCCACGACCAUUUGAAGAAGUAUUCAAUGCAUGGUGACCCGACAGAGAUACAACAAGCUUGGGAUGUGUAUUAUGCCAUCUUCCAGCGAUUGGGGAAACAGCUGAAGUUGCUCAAUGUUAUCGAGCUGCAAUAUGUGUCACCCAAAUUGUUGGCAGUGAGAGAUUUAGAGAUUGCAGUGCCCGGAACGUAUCAAUCGGGCAAGCCGGUCAUUGGAAUAGGAUACGUGCUGCCUACGUUCCAGGUGAUUGCGUCCAAGCAGCGUCCACGGAAGUGCGCUAUGCGAGGUAUGGAUGGGAAAGAUUAUACUUAUUGUCUAAAAGGACACGAAGAUCUUCGCCAGGACGAAAGGGUUAUGCAACUGUUCGGACUUGUCAACACCCUCCUCGCUGCCGAUCAAGAAUGUGCCAAGCGUCAUCUCUCCAUUCAACAGUACUCUGUCACUCCUCUUUCUCCCGGUGCUGGUGUGCUGGGAUGGGUGCAACACUCAGAUACGUUCCACAUGCUUAUCAAGAAUUACAGAGAGUCGCGCAAGAUCUUGGCGGAUAUCGAACAUCGACUCAUGCAGCAAAUGGCCGAUGACAGUUACGAGUCUCUUCCUCUUCUUCACAAGGUCGAGGUGUUCCAAUAUGCCUUGGACAAUACAACGGGGCAAGAUCUGUACAGGAUUUUGUGGUUGAAAAGUCGCAAUUCUGAAGCGUGGCUGGAAAGACGGGUGACAUAUACGAGAAGCCUGGGAGUCAACUCGAUGGUUGGGUAUAUUUUGGGUUUGGGAGAUCGUCAUCCUAGUAAUCUGCUUUUGGAUCAGAUUACGGGAAUGAUCGUGCAUAUCGACUUUGGUGACUGUUUCGAAGUCGCUAUGCAUCGUGACAAGUUUCCAGAAAAAGUACCAUUCCGACUUACCCGAAUGCUCAUACAUGCGAUGGAGGUCUGCGGUAUCACUGGUACAUUCUCUCGCUCGUGUGAAGUAUCGAUGGAAGUUCUUCGAGCCAAUCGAGAAUCCAUCAUGGCGGUAUUGGAGGCUUUCGUGUAUGACCCUUUGUUCACUUGGAGAUUGACAGCCACCACUCAACCCGGUGGCGGACGAACUGUAGAUGUGCAGGAUACGACAGAUGAUUGGCAACAGCGAAAACCCAAGGCCAGUGAGAAUGAUAUAUUGAAUGAUGGUGAGAGAACAGAAGUCAAGAACGAUAAAGCCCUCCAGGUGAUUGAAAGGGUACGAAACAAGCUCACCGGGCGUGAUUUUGCCACGCCGAGUAAGCCUAUGGUGUUGGGUGUGAAGCAACAGGUGGAGAGAUUGGUCGAAGAGGCGACUAGAACUGAAAAUCUUUGUGUUGCUUUCGUGGGAUGGUGUUCUUUCUGGUGAUCCUGGGUCCAAACACGUGUACACCUUUAUACAAUGCAUAGCUAGGACAUUG